AUGGGAGACCUUUUCAACAUGGUGGGAUAUCCCGCCAUGGCUGGCAUAGACAUGAACAAAAUCCUUCUGUCGCCCUCUUCCCAUUCCCAUUCUCAUCCUCAAUUUCCCAUCCUUCAGAAACCACAUCUACCAGGCCACAGACCUUCUCCCGCCAUGGAUGUUACAAUCACUCAAGCGCUUUCUAUCAUCUCCGCCGCCAUCUUCACCCUCUACAUCAGCAGAAAUAUCAUCAGGGAUCAGCUACCUCUAUGGCUAAGACCAUUUGCUCAAGAAACCGAGCCCGAUGGGUUCAAGCGACGCUUCUGGUCCUUCUGGACCAUCCCCCUGCUUCUCAUUAGCGUUGCUGGUGUCGUCCUCUCUUUUGUUCCCGUCAUCAUCAACCCAACUCGCUACUUAUAUCUCUGGGAAAUGAUUCCGUGGACUUUUGCUCUCCUUAUCACCAUGAUUGAUCGCCCGACCAAGACUCCUCGGCUCUUGUUAAUCCAAUAUGUGGCCAUUCUCGGUGCUAGCACCGCCAUAUACGCCGUCCGGUUCCUGGAACACACUCUGUACGCCCUCGACUACUUUCGAAUUGCGAGAAUGGCUCUCUGCUUCUUGUCCAUCAUCCUCAUCGGCAUGAUGCCUCUCCGUGAGCCUUCGUGGGGGAACAAGGACAUUGGCCAACCAGGCGGCCAACCAUCGCGCAAUCUUCGUAGCCCAGAGGACGAUCUGAGUCUCUUUCGCUUCUGGACCAUGAGCUGGGUCAAUCCCCUGGCCGCGCUCUGCCGCAAGAGGGAAAUCACAGAGGAAGAUGUCUGGCAGCUCCCCUACGAGUUCCAGCAUUCGCGCCUGUACAUGGCCUUUCGCGACCUUCAGGGCAAGCUUCUCUUGUGCCUUAUUGAGGCUAAUGGCCUUGACCUGUCCAUUGCCACGCUGCUCGCCGUGUCCGAGAGAGUUGCCGAGGUAUCCAACAUUCGACUGACGAGCAAGCUUUACAACGCUCUGGAUUCCGGCAAUCCUGCCGAUGCUACCUUUUGGUGUCUUGUGAUGCUGGUUCUGGAUGUCGUUCGCCAGCUGUGCAAGACGACGUCCUCUUGGUACUCUCGCAAGGCAUAUGAGCGCUCUCGCGGAGAGGCCUUCAUCGCUCUCUUUGGCAAGCUCCUGACUCGCGCUGUGCCAGGCUCAGACGUGACAGAGAAAGGCGCCGAUGAAGAAGGACAGGCCACUCAGGCACCUAAUACAAAAUCCAAGACCUUCUUUGGCAGAAUGCUUUGGAAAAUGUCUGGCCCUCCCAAGCAGAGCUCCAAAGCAGUCACCGGCCCAGCCUCCAACGCCAAAGUCGUCAAUCUGGUUCGAGGAGACACGUAUGAAAUCUCGCAGCGAUUUUGGGACUUUUCAAAGCUCGUGUCCCAGCCCAUCAAGGUCGCUGUCACCAUGUGGUACCUCAUUGACAUCAUGGGCUGGCCUUCAGCCAUUGGCUUCGUGCUCAUGAUUGUGUUCCUGACGAUUAAUUCGGUGCUGGUUCGCAAACUGAUCAAACUCGAACGGCAGAGGACAACCAUUUCCGAUAAACGUGCGCAGGCCGUCUCCCACUUCGUCGAGGCCAGUCGUCCCCUCAAGCUCAACGGCUGGACAGCCACUUGGAGUACUAGAAUCAUGAAAUUCCGAGCCAUGGAAAUGGCCAAGCGUCUGAGUAUCGCCCACGUCUCUGCUGCCAUUUCUACUGUCAGCGUCACUGGCGGAACGUCUUAUCCCCUGGCUAGCAUUGCCUUGUACACCCUCAUCCUUCGACAGGGUCUACCCAACGAUGUCAUUUGGCCGUCGCUGCAAUUGUUCUCUCAACUGGAAAUGAGCGUCAAGGAGGCUUUUGAUCUCAUCUCUGCCUACUGGAAAGCCACCAUCCCCAUUGAGCGAGUCAACAAGUACAUGAGCGAGCCCGACAGAGACGACAUCUCCAAUAGCCCCAGCAGCGUCACAGAUAUUGAAUUCCGCAACGCAUCGUUCUCCUGGCCUUCAACUGACAAGCUUAUCCUCCGGGAUCUCAAAUUCAAGUUCGCCAGGGGCCUUACCGUCAUCAGAGGCAAGGUCGGCGCCGGCAAGUCCAGUCUUCUCCUCGCCGCCCUCAACGAGAUGGAGCUUCACGAAGGCGAUCUUAUCAGACCGGACGUCCCCGUGGCCUAUGCCCAGCAACUCCCGUUCCUGCAGAACAAGACGAUACGAGAAAACAUAGUCUUUCACCAGCCGUUUGACUCUACGAGAUACCGCCAGGUUCUGCAUGCGUGCGCUCUCCUCCCUGACCUUGCUUCGCUCCCUGAUGGAGAUCAGACAAAGCUUGAAGAAGGCGGCGUUGGCCUUUCUGGUGGUCAAAAGGCCCGUGUAGCCCUUGCCAGAGCGGUUUACAGCCAGUGCAGGAUUAUGCUCCUUGAUGAUCCGCUGGCUGCUCUGGAUCACGAUACCGCCACUGCCAUUGUCCGCCGCUUUCUCCAGGGUCCUCUUGCCGAAGGUCGCACCAUUGUCAUGGUGACUCAUCGAGAUGAUCUUGUUCUCCGUAUUGCCGACCAGGUGAUUGACCUUGCUGAUGGACAGGCAACGGUGCUUUCAGAGGAGCAGGUCAAGCAAGAGCUCGAGCACCCCUAUCAUGAAAGCGGAAAGACAGCACACGAUGACACCGAGACGGCUCACGACAUUCACGCCGAGGAUAUUGCUAUGCUCAAGGACGCACCAGAAGAGCCGGCCAAGACUGGAAGCGUGUCCCUCAGCGUCUAUACCGAAUACAUCAAGGCGGGUGGAUGGCAUCUUUGGGUCUUCCUCGGGCUUGCAUACGGCGCAUCUCGGUUCCUCGACAUAUCGAGAGCCCGACUGUUGGAGGCUUGGGGCGCGGAUUCUGCUGCAAAUGAUACAAAAAACGUCUACUGGAACCUCCCCAGGCCAGAUUCUCAUCCUCUCCCCUGGCUUCUCGUACUGGCUGGUCUCUCUGCAGGACAAAUCGUGACAUAUGCAGCCGCUCAGCUUCUCCUUGCUCGAAUCGGCGUCAACGCAGCUCAGGGUCUCUUCAAGGGUGCCAUUGACAGGGUCAGCCGGGCUACAUUCCGCUAUCACGAUACGACGCCGACGGGCCAGCUUAAGAACCGGCUCAUCGCCGACAUGGGCAUGGUGGACGGAGGCAUUGUGGCGCCGUUGGAGUCGUUUGUCUUCAACUUGAUUGCCCUUGUCAUGAGCAUGGUGGCCAUUGCAACUCACCAGCCAUUGUUGCUUGCUAUACUUGGUGUUGUUGCUAUUCUAUUCGUCUACUUCUUUAGAAUCUACGUACCCGUGUCGCGAUGCCUCCGCCGCAUGGAGAUGCGCUACCUCACGCCCAUCAUCGCCAACAUCGGCGUCAUGCAGGACGGCCUCGUCACGAUCCGAGCUCUACGGGUGGAAAAGCACUUCCAAGACCGCCACUUGGAUGCCGUCGACGACUUUCAGAAGCAGGACCACUUCUUCUGGAGCAUGGCGUUUUGGCUCGACUUUCGUCUCAGCUUGAGCUCCGUCGUUACUCGCACCGCGCUGAUUCUGUUCAUGAUUUGGCGGAGGAUGCCGGCCAGCGCCGUUGGUUUCGUCUUGACGCAGACCAUCAUUGCCAUGUCUGCCGUGCAGCAGCUCUGCGAGAAAUUUGCACAGCUGCAGCUCGAUGCCGUUUCGCUGGAGCGAGUCAACAUGCUGAACCAGAUCCCGGAAGAGCCCAAAGGCGAGCAAGAUCCGCCCGAGGACUGGCCCAGACCUUGUGACAAUGUCAGGUUCGAGCAAAUGUCCUUCAAGUACGGCAGCCAUUUACCCUCAGUGUUGGAUAAAGUGUCGUUUGAGAUUCCCGGAGGCUCGACGUGUGCCGUCCUGGGCCGUACAGGAUCUGGAAAGUCGACCAUUGCCAAUGCCCUUCUCAUGACGCAGGCGCCUUUUGAAGGAACUCUCAAGGUAGGCAGCGUCGAUCUAUCUCAAGUCGAUCGAACGGCUCUACGAAACCGCAUCACGUUUAUUCAACAGGAUCCGACCCUAUUCCCCGGCACUCUGCGCGAUAACAUCGAUCCAGGCGCCGAUUUCUCCAACGAAGAGUGUCUCAACGCAAUCCACCGCGUUCUCGGGCCCGAGUGGAAUCUGGAAUCACAGAUUGAUGCCGCGGGCAAGAACCUCAGCCAAGGCCAGCGACAACUUGUAGGUAUCGCGCGGGCUGUCCUUCGACGAAGCGGACUGGUCAUUCUCGACGAAGCAACUGCUUCGAUUGACCGUGCCACGGCUGCAACGGUGCAGCGAGUCUUAAGGUCGGAAUUGUCUAAGAGCACGGUGAUUACGAUUGCGCACCGGCUGGAGGCUGUGGAGGACGCGACGUGGUGCUUGAGGUUGGAUCAUGGGCGGGUGGUUGAGUGUGGACCAGCGAGGGAUUUGGCGGGCAGUGGAGAGAGAAAUGAUGAGUGA